ACCGGGAGGGUGGGCCCGAGCUGAUGCCCCCUGGAGCGCUCUCUCUGAUGAGAUCGGUCAGUCCUCUUAUCCCCAUUGUUGGAGCUCUGUGUGUCCCGGUUGGAGCUCUGUGUGUCCCGGUUGGAGCUCUGUGUGCCCGGAGGUUGAGGCUGUAGGCCCCGGGGUGGAGGAAGCCGACGCUCCCUUUGUCUGGCGGGACCUGAUCUGAUCCCCGUCCUAUAUUGGACGUGUUAGAAAUGGAUUUAAAUCUUAUCGUAUCCCGUGUGUUGCUGUGUGCUGUGUGUCUCUUUUCCACUGUACGCACUUAUCAGGUGCACCGAGCGGCUGCGGCCGGGUUCCUGAUCCAUGGUGUGGGCUCUGCUUACUUGCUGUGUGUCUCCUCGCUCACAGCAGAAGAUGGUUUUCGAAACUUGAGUACAUGGUCCGCGAUUGUCACUAGUGUCCCCCUGCUGGCCUUUGCCUUCUUCUGGCUGAGUGGGGACCAGUCCACUGCCAACAUGCUCCUGAGUGCCGGGAUUCUGGGUGCAGCUGCGUUGGACAGCUUGAAUCAGGAAGGCAGAUUUAUGGUAUCCAUUUGCAUCAUGGCCGCAGCCUCACUCAGCAUCUUGGUUCUGUCCAUCUUUACAGGGAACUGGCAUGGAGUAUUGGGCAGCAUAGCCCUGGGCACUGUGGCUCUAUUUAAAGCAGAGAGAAUCACUAUUUUCCAUAAGGAAGUGGCAUCAAACUAUGGGCUAACUGCUGCCUUCCUGGCAUUUGACCUUGCACUCAGAAGCCAGCAGUGGGACUACGUGUGAACUGCAAACCCAAAGUCUGUAUUCAGAGGCUGAACGUUCUGUAUCGUCACCCCGGCUUUUCGAGUUAUAACUGUGAUAAUGGGAUGGUCAUGAAUUACUACAGAGAGUUCAAGUAAUUUUCUAAUUGCAUGUACAUGUAAUCUCGGUUUAAAAAAGACUCCAGUCCAUCGAGUUCAAGCAUUAAACACAUCUUUUCCAAAUGACGGCAAAAAAAAUCCAAUUUGAAGCUGUGGAGGGGUCACUCCCGUCAUGGCACCCAGCCGCAGCUAACGCUGAAUCGCGAUCCUAAAGAUGACAGUCUGUCUUGUUUCAUUCUCUUUUAUUCUCCAUAGAGCCUCAGCAGCAGACGGUUUGACAGACAGAUGCUCAGCUUGCAAUAGGUUACACAAAGUGUGUAUAUAGGCAGGAGCACAUGGAAAAGCAUCAGACAAAACAGGCUAUGGUCCAUUACCUUUGUUUUAUAGCAAUACGGAUGUCCCCUAUCUGUACCUGUUACAUAUUCAUGUCAUUGCCAAUAAAUUCCUAUCAUUCCUGCUGUAGAAAAA